GAAAGUCUCCACCCAUCACCGCUGACAUUAACGUCUGCUCGGGUAGACUUUGUGGACACGGGACAAGAAGUAAUGAGGAAUCUCGGGAAGCUGGUUCUUUGGUUUUGAGGAUUAUGUCAGAAAAAGUGCGAGAUUGCGUCGAGGAACGUUUGAGGAGAAGCUUGCGGAAACAUGUGGAAUUACUACCAUAAGACUCUUCUUUGUUGAGGGGAUCAUGGCAACGAACUGGAUCAUGUCCAAAGAGGAUUACAACCAUUCCUUGUUUGUUUCCGUCAGCCGAUGUCUGAUCAAUGGCAGACAUGAUUCACACACACCUUUCUGUUGCUAUGCGCUGACAUCAGCUUUCCGUAACAUUCGGUAAACGACCGUUUUGGGUUGUCUCUCCCAUGCCACUGUCAUCACCUGAAAUCUCGCCUUGGUGCCUGAUGUCUCAGUCGAGCAAUUCAGCGGACAGUCAGGCCUUGCUGCAGUCUAUGUUGGAGCGACUGAAGCUCCAGCACGGAAAGGAAAGGCCGGCGGAUGGAGCGGGAGCCGUCCAAAGCAACCACGUGUAUGAAUUUGGUGUCCGGACUGAAAGAUUUGGUGUAUCGUCUGUGGAUAGCAGUCUCAGCCACAAAGACGGAGAGAGUCUGCAUUCGGUUGAUAGCUUCCAACAAGGUCACUGUCCCCUACCUUUACAGAAAGACAACAUGGGUGCAAACAUGCUGGAGAGUGAGACACGGAUAUUUAAUGACGUCCAGGCCCCAUGGGACAGCCUAAGUGGACGUAAGGACACAACCACUGAACAGGACCAAGCGUUAAAACACAACACUUAUGACUGGUCAUGGCAGAGCACAGGUUUUACCGCAGACAGUCAAGGGAAUAAAACCUUUCACACCGUAAAUGGAGGGUAUGCCAGUUUGUCUAAAUCGAGAGACAUGCCAAUGAUGCCCAAAAAAGGCGUUAGCCUGACCGCAAGACAGCAACAACGAUCGUCUCAAAGCAAAGCCAGGCGGUGGACUGAGAAAAUCAAGGAGAAAUGGAAGGAGAAGUCCAGUUCUAAGAAGGGAAAGGACGAGGCAAAAGACCUAAGUUUGCCAUCAAACCACCUGGACAUUACACCACCGAAUCAGGACGCAGGAAAGAGCCUCCCUAGCCCAGGCAGCAGUGAAAGCCCGGUUACACGAUCACAGGACGACGAUCUUGACACGUUUAUCAGAUCGGGUGAGGACCUACAGUGUGGUUUUAGCUCUGUCAGCUUACUCGAGGAGAUCGUCUCAGGUCAAGAGUGGGCCAAGUUCCUGAACCCCUCCCUCUCAGCCCCCUCAGCGAAUCAGAGGCCACCAGAGGAGACUCUCAGCGGCCUCAGUGCAACAACAACGUCUAAUAAUAAUGGUCGACCCGCCUUUGUUCCGCUCCAACCUGGAGGUUCGGACGGGCAGUGGAGCUUCAGGGAUAGCGAGUCAUUGCCUGUCUAUAACUCCCAUGCAAGUGGGAACAUUACAGAAACACAGAACCACACAGGUCACAGUGAGGAUUACCACCCACAACCAAUGGAACAAGGACAAAGCCAAUCACAGGAACAGCUGGAAGAGAGUGGACGGUUGCAACCCAGGACUUACGAUGUGGAGCGUCCAGACAUUCUGGAAGACUUAUCGCCAAUCAGCAGGUUCAGCAGAAAGAGACACUAUCACUUAGCAGUGACUCAAGUGGACUGGACACAAGGGACCAUCAUGUCUACCCCUAGCAGCGAUGCAAUGGAUGACUCAGAGGAGCAUCCCCUGUCACCCUUCUUCAGGCAAAAUGGAGCCUCUGUUCCGUCCCCUUUUUAUCCCAGUGCUCCUCCACCAACACGAGGAGUCCUCAAAAACUCCGGAUUCCUGAAUUCCGAUUACGCACAGGAAAGCAAAAGGAGACGAGUCGAGCCCAAUCGGCGGGUUCAUUUUGCGGAGAAAGUGGAGGAGAUACCGCCGGUGGAAGUGACUCUGCAUUCAGUCGAUUCAGAGGAGGACUGUGACACAGACGGAGGUUCUGUCACGGGGCGGUGGUCUGCUCUUCCCGCCUGGAUGCUGGCCCUGAAGAGGAGGAACAGCGGGAGGAAGCACAGAUAGGUUCCGUGCCAAUGAAACCUGUCUUCUUCACAACAUAUAUUUUCACUACAACAGUGGGUGUUCCAAGCGCAGUCCGGGGGCCGAGGACAACCCACAGCUAAUUUUUUAAUGGCCCGCAACAUAAUUCAAAAAUACUCGAAAAAAACCAUAACCAGUGGAAUAGAAGCGCAAACAGGUGUAAUGUAACGAUGAAAUGUUGCAAUAUUGACGCUAAUAACACAGUUUAUUACUUAAAAACUGUCAUUACUAAAAAAGUAAUAAAAACUUACACCAGACAGAUAGAUCAUAAGCUGAAAGUAAAAUCGGCAUAGUUUGGACACACCUUCUCAUUCAAUGUGUUGUCUUUAUUUUCGUGACUACCGGUAUUUACUUUGUAGAUUGUCACAUCAGAACUAUGAAUGAACACAUGUGGAGUUAUGUACUUAACAAAAAGGUGAAAACACGUUUUAUAUUCUAGUUUCUUCAAAAUAGCCACCCGUUGCUCUGAAUACUGCUUUGCACACGCUUGGCAUUCUCUCCAUGAGCUUCAAGAGGCAGUCACCUGAAAUGGUUUUGUUGCAGGCGACCAGUCUUCCUCUCAGGGAAUCAAACCAUACUGGUCAAUCCCAAAUUCUUUCGGAUGACAUAUAUUUGGUGUAAAAAGGAAAGACUAGUACUUGGCCAAGUUUUACUAAAGCUUUAGGAGACCAGCCCUUACAAUGCGAUAAUAGCAUCAGCAAGAAGAGGUCUGAAUCCAAACAAAAAGAGUCAGCACAUGUAGAGCGGAAACAGCCCCUCUCGGCCAGAAAGGACGUGACUAGGAAGGUAGAAGGUGGGGAUUGAACCAGUAAUCCUCAGAUUGCUGGUACAGCCACGCUACCAACUUCGCCACGCUGUCCCCAAGUGGUGUUUCCUGCCUUUACCCAUUAACAUAUGUUUACCUGCACGUUACCUACGUUCCUUGCAUCCUGGGGUCACACUGGUGCUUCUUUCUGUUACCCAUACAUGCUGGUGCUUCCUGCCAUUACCCAGACAACAUAUCUUUACCUGCACUUUACCUACCUUCUCUGUAUCCUGGUGUCAAACUGGUGCCUCCUUGUUUCACCUAGUCAACAUAUCUUUACCUGCACUGUACCUACCUUCUCUGCAUUGUGUGGUCACGCUGGUGCUUCCUGCUAUUAAGCGACCAAUCUUGAGACGGCAGCAGUGUAGCAGCAUCAGCGCAGCAGUUCUUUGAAUGCUCGUAAAAUCAAAACCGGAGCAGUUAUUAAAACUCUUUGCGCAACUUUUAAUCAGAAGGGUUCAAUCUCUCUCUUGUGCGAGUUUGAAGCCGACACAAAAAAACGCACUCAGAGGAGAUAAUGUUUGAAAAAAAUGUGACAAGUUUUUACAAAACUUUUGUUUUGAAGGGGUUUUUGCCAACUUCCUGUUGAUUUUUGCUGAAGGAGGUCAGUGCAUGAAAUCUAGGUCUAAGUCAGACCUACAUAGAAGUUUUUGUUUCAUGUCUAUACGACAUUCCUAGCGGAAGUAACAAGCAGUUUUGUCUGUGUUUUUUCGUAGGGGGUGUUAGAGCGCCAUUUUGAGUUUUGGUUUUUUGAUUAGAUCGCAAUUUUCGCCAGUCCUGAUGUGUGUUAAAUUUAGUGAGUUUUGAAGCAUGUCAAGGGGGUCAAAUUACAGCUCAAAGAAGCGGCGGUAUAAUAAUAAUAAAACCUUAGAAAUACAAAAGGGUCCUUUGUCCCAAAGGGACAUUCGGGGCCUAAUAAUACUUUUAUUUAUUAAUUUAAAAAUUUGUGUUUGCUUUUUAAAUGUUUAAUAUACUUCUCUCUUAAAUGUUAUUUUUGAGUCUGUCCUUUGCUUUUAUUUCUUUGUGGUGUUCUUCAACUGUGGUUGUUUUUAAAGGGCUUUAUAAAUAAAGUUGGUAUGGUAUGGUACGGUAUGAAAUAAGGAGAUAAAAAAAAAAAACACUUAAAAAUAUCAAAUUCUCACAGUUUUCACUUCACAGGUGUGCUUGAAGCUCAUGGAGAGAAUGCCAAGCGUGUGCAAAGCAGUAAUCAGAGCAAAGGGUGGCUAUUUUGAAGAAACUAGAAUAUAAAACAUGUUUUCAGUUAUUUCACCUUUUUUUGGUUAAGUACAUAACUCCACAUGUGUUCAUUCAUAGUUUUGAUGUCACAAUCUACAAUGUAAAUAGUCAUGAAAAUAAAGAAACCGCAUUAAAUGAGAGGGUGUCCAAACUUUUGGCCUGCACUGUAUAUAUAUAUAUGACCUAUUUUUGACACUUUUAUGAGCGGGAGUGGGGCCUAAUAGAUCCCAAAAACCUUACAGUAGGUCAGAGUUUAUUUUAAAGGCCUACUGAAAGUCACUACUAGCGACCACGCAGUCUGAUAGUUUAUAUAUCAAUGAUGAAAUAUUAACAAAUUCAACACAUGAAAUGUAUGAUGACGCAUGAAUUGUAGAGGACUUUUUGUUCCAGCACCGUUCACAGCUAUAAGUCGUCUCUUUUCAUCGCAUAAUUCCACAGUAUUCUGGACAUCUGUGUUGCUGAAUCUUUUGCAAUUUGUUCAAUUAAUAAUGGAGACGUCAAAGAAGAAAGAUGUAGGUGGGAAGCGGUGUAUUGCGGCCGCCUUUAGCAACACAAACACAGCCGGUGUUUCCUUGUUUACAUUCCCGAAAGAAGACAGUGAAACUUUGCUAUGGAUCAGCGCGGUCAAGCGAACAUGGUUCCCUAUAACAUGUCAACCGGCAAGUUUCGGUGAGAAAAUGGUGGUAUUAAGUCGGCGCUUAUCGUAGUUAUGAGCGGAGAGCUUGCGUCUUGCCUCCUCCAACCGGCCGCCCCCGACCGUCAGAUGCUUACACCGUGGAGGAGGGGGAAAAAAAAAAUCUCAGCCCGGAUGCCUUGCCUCGUCAAGAAACGUGGCUUCUAUCGAAAACACUGGGGGUCAUCACAGCCGUGGCCACACCCCUCCGACUUUCAGGUACGACCAUAUAAUCUCACUAAAACAUUAGUAACACAAUAAGCAGAUAAGGGAUUUUCCAGAAUUAUCCUAGUAAAUGUGUCUAAUAACAAUCUGAAUCGCUCCCACUGCCCUUGUCUAGUCCUUCACUCUAACUUUCCUCAUCCACAAAUCUUUCAUCCUCGCUCAAAUUAAUGGGGAAAUCGGCGCGUUCUCGGUCCGAAUCGCUCUCGCUGCUGGUGGCCAUGAUUGUAAACAAUGUUCAGAUGUGAGGAGCUCCACAACCCGUGACGUCACACGCACAUUGUCUGCUACUUCCGGUACAUGCAAGGCUUUUUUUAUUAGCGACCAAAAGUUGCCAACUUUAUGGUGGAUGUUCUCUACUAAAUCCUUUCAGCAAAAAUAUGGCAAUAUGGCAAAAUGAUCAUGUAUGACACAUAGAAUGGACCUGCUAUCCCCGUUUAAAUAAGAACAUCUCAUUUCAUACUUAGAAUAGUAUCGGUUUUUGAAAAUGAAAAAAAUAAAAAUGGGCCCCCGCAUGUGGAAAAGGUUUGGACACCUCUGCUUCACACAGGUGUGAUAUCUAAUGAUUUGUAAAUAUGUUUUUAUUCCACUCUAAAAGUGUUUCUUCAUUUUAGACUGGAGUGUUGGCAUCAGUGUCCCCUCUGGACUUGAAACAAUCCAUGUGGUCAGAGUCACUUGUCAUUAUUAAAAAAAUAAAGAAUUAAAAACAUCAAAUAAAUAUGAA